AUGUUGCGGAGCAAGCCAUCCUCGUCAAUGCAAAAGACGUACGAUGAGGCCUAUCUCCAAUGUUCUACCGCCGUGUUUUUCGAAGGCCAGGGCAACGAGGCCGAGGCUCUUCGGUCAUGGAAGGCAGCGCUCGAUCAAAUUAAUCACUACAAGGCCUACAAACUCUCGUCCAGUUACUCCCCUCGAUCAGAAACCGAGCGGGCUCUGUAUGAUUCCCUGAGAGAAUUGGAGAUACAAUGCAAAGAUCGAGUCGAUCUCCUCGAGACUUUGAAGAGAAGCCGGGAAGAGUUGGGAAUAGACCAGCGCAAGGAAGAAAAACUAGAACAAAAGAAUGGGAGUGGAACCGGCAACAGCAAUGGAAAUGCGAGCGGUAGUGGCAGCAAUGGCAGGAAGCGUCUCGGGAAGAAUAGAGGGAGCCCAUCGAUAACGACGACCCCUACUGAACAGCCUGGCUCGUGGCUUGGAGGAGAAACGAUACCACCAAUGCAAAUGUCUGACCUUCCCAAUGCCACCCCUGCAUUGCCUCCACGACCGCCACUGGGUGUCACCAGGAGCAGCGAGGCCGUGGCAAUUGACAACACCUCUCCGAUAUCACGAACUCGGUCGUCCCCUUUAGGUGCUCCUCCCACCUUACCCGUCCCGAUCACGAAAGCCUCUAGAAGUCCCAGUCCCGAUCAUGGCAGGAAAACGAUGCGGACAACAUUACGCCCGGAGAGGAGGGGGUUCAUGAAGUAUCGGUCAGCUUCAAACCGUGACAGACGGGCCGAUACUAUGAAAGCGGCUGGUCUGGCAUGGGAGUCUCAACCACGGAAGAACUCUCACCCCACUCAAAGGCCAGAUUCAGACCCCACGAUCGAAGCCAGAUUGAGCGCUACAGCUGCGAGACGGAGCAUCGACCAAGAUGCGACGGCCAGAUACGAGGAUCACCGGAAGUCAAAUGCAUCGUCUCUCUUGAGUGUUCCUGACUACCUGCAGCAACAUACUACGCGUGAUAUUCCGAAUUCUUCCUCCGCACCACCACGCCCGCCAUCAUCAUCAAUGAACAAAUCUAUGGAAAGUCUGAAAUUAAAUCCUGACUCUGCACCCAGCCUCAUCGACCUUGACUCGGAACCGGAGAAGCUGCCGCCUCCUGUGCCGCAGCAUGCACCACCCACGGGCCAGCUAGUCGGCAAACCACGAGCCAGAUCUCCGAUUCAUUUGCCGAAAGCUCCAGAUAUUACCUAUCGAAAAGAAUACCCUGUACGGACGCAUAACGUCCCCCAACCACUGGCGAGGAACAUACUAGAGAGAGCUUACCCAAAAGUUGGAUCUGGUGGUGCUGCGUCAGGUAUCACCCGAAAACCUGUCGGCGCGGCGGAUACGGCCCUUAAAAUAAGGGGGCGCUCUCCUCAAAAGCGGGAUGGGCAUUCCGAUAGCGAAGACGAAACCCCUAAACGAGAUCUUGAUAGGCCGAGGCGGGGUCGUGGAACCAGGACAGCGAGCGCCAACACAAUCACUCCGCCCUCCACGGAUGGCGAGUCGCUGGAAGAAGAUGGCUUGCCCGCGGAGGAGAAGAGGCUGGGGAAUAUUCUUAAAAAUUUACCAAAGGGAGUGGAUGAAAAUGCUGCCAAACAAAUCCUCAAUGAAAUCGUUGUCAAAGGGGAUGAAGUUCACUGGGAGGACGUUGCCGGCCUUUCUGCGGCAAAAAAAGCGUUAAAGGAGGCAGUGGUAUACCCUUUUCUCAGACCAGAUCUUUUCAUGGGGCUGCGAGAACCUGCUCGAGGGAUGCUCCUUUUUGGACCACCUGGGACGGGAAAAACUAUGCUUGCAAGGGCUGUCGCCACUGAAAGCAAGAGUACCUUUUUUGCCAUCAGUGCUAGCAGUCUGACGAGCAAAUGGCACGGCGAGUCCGAGAAGCUCGUCCGAGCCUUGUUCGCGUUGGCGAAGGCUCUGGCACCGAGUAUCAUCUUCGUCGACGAGAUCGAUUCCCUUUUGAGUGCCCGAAGUGGGUCAAGCGAGCACGAGGCGUCGAGACGGAGCAAGACAGAGUUUCUCAUCCAGUGGUCUGACCUGCAAAGAGCAGCAGCUGGCAAAGAUACGACCGUGGGAGAUGCUAGCCGAGUAUUGGUACUCGCUGCCACCAAUUGUCCGUGGGACAUUGAUGAUGCGGCAAGGCGCAGAUUUGUCAGGAGACAGUACAUCCCCUUACCAGAAGCAGAAACCAGAGAGACACAGAUUCGGACGUUGUUGGGUCAUCAGAAACAUGAUCUAAGCCCAGAGGAUAUUGCUCGCUUGGUAGAGUUGACGGAGGGAUACUCGGGAUCUGACAUUACAGCGCUUGCAAAAGACGCGGCAAUGGGCCCUCUAAGACAUCUCGGCGAGGCUCUGCUGUACACUCCUAAAGAGCAGAUUCGACCGAUUCAGAUGAUGGAUUUCGAAGCCAGUCUGGAUAGCAUUCGACCAAGCGUGAGUAAGAAGGGGUUAGAAGAGUUUGAGAAGUGGGCGAGAGACUAUGGUGAGAGAGGUGGUUGA